AUGAAUUCCAAUAAUAUUUGUAUAAAAGAAGAUUCUGUAUCAUAUCCUUCUAUUGAUGAAAAUGAAGACACUUAUGAAAAUGAGGAUGAUUUGUUAGAUUCCACUGAAAAUAAAACAGAUGACCUUUAUGUUAGUAAGAAAAGACGGUUAAUGAAACAUGAUGUUACAGAGAAAGUUGCAAAAAGAACUUUUUUAUGUAAGCAUGUGGGCAUAAAUAAACCAAACAAAACUGUACCUUUUAAUGAACAGCGUAAUAGAACUUCAUUAACAACAUAUAUUGAUAAGCAUAAAGGUCACUCUCUUAAUCCACAAACUGUUAAUUUAUUACCUCAAUUUCGAAAGUUAACCGAAGAUAUGCUAGCUGAUAUACAGUUUUGA